CCAAGCUGUAACCAACCUCCUCACGUCUUCUCCUAACAAAGUCCCAAACAAGACCACAAUCCACAGCACAAUGACCUCCCCGCUCCCCCCCUCGGCAGACUACAUCAUCGUGGGAGGCGGCACCGCCGGCCUCGUCGUCGCCAACCGUCUCUCCUCCGACCCCUCCGUCCGCGUCCUCGUCCUCGAAGCCGGCCCCGACCGCACCUCCGACCCGCAGAUCCAAAACCCCAAUGCCUGGCAGUCGCUCCCGGGAUCAGACGCGGACUGGAAAAUGAAGACUGUUCCUCAGGCUGGCCUGAAUAACCGUACUCAAGACCACCCCGCUGGAAAACUCCUGGGUGGAUCUUCCUCUCUCAACGGGCUUGUCUAUGUCGCGCCUUCCCCGGCGGGGAUAAACGCGUGGGCGGAGCUAGGGAAUACGGAUUGGACGUGGGAAAGGUUUGCGCCGUAUCUGCGGAAGUCAGUGACGGUGUCGGCGCCGGAGAAGGAGGUUUGCGAGACUGUCGGGGUGCAGGUGGGUGGUGGUGGUGGGGAUGGGCCGAUUCAGGUAACGUUUCCGGCCCUGCAGGAGCGGGGGAAUGACCCGUUGUUGAGGGCGUGGGUGGAGGGGUUUAAGGGGCUGGGGGUGGGGUUUACGGGUGAUGUGCUGGAGGAGGGGAAGAUGGUCGGGACAAGGGCUCAUGCUGCGUCGAUUGAUCCGGUUGAGGGGCUGAGGAGUAGUGCGUGUGGACAGCAUGGGGCCGAAGCGGGCCGAAGAGAGAAUGUUACGGUUGUGACUGGGGUGAUGGUGCGCAGGGUUUUUUUUUCGACUGUGGGAGAGGAUGUGGUUGCUACGGGAGUGGAAGUGGGCUUGGGGGUUGGAGGGGAGGCGACCGUCACUGCGGACAAGGAGGUCAUUCUCGCGGCAGGGGCCUUCCAUACGCCGAAGCUUUUGGAGUUGUCGGGUGUGGGGGAUAGGAAGUUGUUGUCUGGACUGGGCAUUCCGGUGGUGGUGGAGAAUUCCGGGGUGGGCGAGAACCUGCAGAACCAUCUCAUGGGCGUUCUGGUGUCGCAGAUGAACAAGAUCCCUGAGAUGGAGGGAGUCACUCCAGGCAUUCAGGCAUUGGCGUUCCUCCGCCUGGACGGACAGGAACAGGCUGAUCUGGCUGCCAGGUACCUUACCCACGAGCAAGGAGUCGAGAAGGUGAUUCGUGGCAUUCUCAAGAGUCCCAACGAAGCGACUGCCUUUCUGCUUCUGGGCAUGCUCCCCGGCGACAUGUCCAUCAUCGUCAUGAUCCCGUGCUUCCCAGCCUCCCGCGGCAACAUCCACAUCACUUCUACGGACUUUGCAACUGAGUCUAAAUUCGACCCGCGCUUCUUCUCGCACCCGCUGGACAUCGAACUGAUGGCCAGACAUUACCAGAAACUGCAGCAGGUGCCUCUGCUUCCAGAGCUACAGCCUUUCUUCCAGCCCUUGGCCGCUCCGGCAGAUCUGGAAUCGACUAAGGAAGCGCUCCGCACGGCGGCCGCGCAGUCUGCUCACCACACCUGCGGAACGGCUGCGAUGCUGCCUCGAGAGGCGGGCGGCGUGGUGGAUCAGGAAUUGAGGGUGUACGGAACACGCAACCUGCGGGUGGUUGACGCCAGUGUGUUUCCGCUGAUGCCGCACGGGAACCCCAUGUCGGUGGUGUAUGCUGUGGCUGAGAGAGCGGCGGAUUUGAUCCAGACGGGGAAGUAG